GUUUGUCCCGGCUACAAGGGCCGACACUGGAGCCCACUUUGUCUCUUUACCGUUUAGAAAGUGUCCGAUCUUGUUGAAAUUGAAAAUCAACAAUUACAGCCGAUGUAACGCCACACAAUCAUAGACAGUGAUGGAUUCCCCUGAACAGGAAAAGAAGGCGGAUGUCCGCCGUCCCAUGAAUGCGUUCCUCAUCUUCUGCAAGCGACACCGCAGCAUGGUGAGGGAGAAGAACCCCGACCUGGACAAUCGUAGCGUGACGAGGAUUCUGGGAGAUUUGUGGGCGAAUCUCGGCGACACGGAGAAGUCGGUGUACACAAGUCUUGCCAAACAGUACAAGGAUGCGUUUAUGAAGGCGAACCCGGACUACAAGUGGCACAACCCAGACAAGACCCAUCCCACUCCGACCAAGAUGACGACACGGCCCACCAACGCCCGGGUGGUCAAGUCGGUCCAAGAGAUCCACCUACAUGGCUCCAUCAUGCCUGGUAAAUUAGCAGAUCCGUCCAAUAUGGGAGGCCUAAGCCUGCUACUUAUGGCCGGGCAGCAGUCAAUGACGCCUCGGCACACAGGGGAGGCUGAGCGGAGAGUUACCUCCCCUGACAGCAAGUGCACUUCAAAAUCCGCUUUGUUGGAGCUUGCUGAGAUGUGUGCAAAUGAACUACAACAAGGGGAGGUAACUGUUCCACAUCCAAAAAAGCUGAUCACUAAAACAGAAAGUGGAAAGAAGGUGAAAGCUGCACACAAGAAGAUGGGAGAUGUUGAAAUUAGCUCAGGGAAAAGCAGAAGUAAAUCAGAAUCUGAUUCCAAUACUGAAGCUGCAGAGAGUUUAGGGUUGCCAUGGAAAUCGGAACAGUCGCUGUCGGACAUCUUGAAACUACUCCAGUCCAUGAAAGAUCAUGAAAUAAAAAAGAAAGUAUGCAAGGAAGUGACAGGAAGUUGCACCGUGAAACAAGAACCAGAGAAUUUUGGGAAGGUUGACCCAAGUGGUGUAACUGAUAGACCUCCAUCAGUGGAGUCAGCUGAAAGGAGAAUCCCCGAACGGCCCAGUCCCAGGGUCAGAAGCUGGUCAGAGUCAGCGAAAGAUCAAGAUGUCUUCGUUGCAGGGAUGGGUGACCAUUCCAGUUAUACAAGCGUCAGGUCAAAAGACGACACUCCGGAGAGACGGAAGUCUCAGGCGGAGACACUAGCAGGUUGUCUCUCCGAUCAAAACGAUAAUGACAUUGUAUCGUGUGGUAAACUGGUCGUUGAUCAUAUUUUUGAUCGACUCUCGUCCACUGAGUUUUCACGGUCAGCAGGUAAAUUAAAAGGCUUGACAUCAAUUGAUGAGGUGAGAAAGGUACUUCUAAGUUCCGAAUUUGCCGAGUCCAAAUUAACCCCAAAAGAGGAAAACCCAGACAAAAAUAUAGUCCAUUCAAGAAUUGAUCACCUUGUAACAGAAGCGUAUCCCAAAGAGAAAUGUGCUACAGAAACCAAACAUAAAGCAGAAGUAACGAAAGAGUACUCGCCAAUUCUGCGCGUUCCUGAUUUUAAAAGUUUCCUUGAAACUGAAAUGAACCAGAAAAAAAGUUCAUCUGAUGCAAUAGGGUCCGAUGCAAAUGUAGUCCGGGCGAAGAAGCGCACGAUGACCCUGCCUCUAGAAGACGUGAAGCCAGAACAGGUGGAAGAUGUCGGAGGGCUAACGCCAGAGUCAAGGGCAGACAGGUCGGAUCAGGACAGUUACGGUGGGCUUGAGGAUGACGGCAAGGACCGAGAUGAUGGCAGUUAUCAACCGGUCCGUAAGUCGCGGCGAAGGAACCGGGGACAGCGGUAUCUGGAGCUGAUUAAUGAGGGCAUCAUACAGCCAUCCAAAGAGAGACUAGCGGCCAGACGUGCAGAGCAGACGUCAACUGACGAUGAAACACUGUGGAUGUAUGAUGACUUCCCGCUGGAGGACGAGGUUCAGGAGGUCCGGAGACCAACCACCAAACGAUGCAGCUCCGACUCUGACGCCAACCUUGAGGAAAAGAAAUACAAGACUGGGGAUUUUGACCUUGAAGCUCAGAUAGCAACCUUGCCAGCCUGUAGCCUUGACCCUGUGUCACGCGGCAAUCGUCAGAAAAACACCCCAACCAAGAUACGGCACCACAGCGAGGGCUCCACCAAGAAGACCACCAUCGUGUCCUCCCCUACUGCAGCAGUAAGUGAUGUCACAACGCUGACCCUCCCUCCCCACCUGAAGAUGCAGCAGGUGCCCGUUCAGGCCGCCCCCGUGAGCGGCAGUCGGAAGAGGAAGGCAAGAAAACACUCCAUCAACCAUCUACUUCCUGCCAGCGCAAAUAGCGAAGACAAAGAGGAUACAGACCUAAAUCAACCUGCUGGUGAAGAUGCCACAAAAGAAAUUACAUCUAUCAAAGAUGAGGAAGGUCAAAGGUCAGUGGUUUCUAGCAGCCAAUCAAUGGACAGGGAUGACAGAUCUCAGGAAGAAGGUCAUGUGUCACAUGACUCAACUGACCAAUCAGAUCCAGAUUCGGAGCCUGACAUGAAGAAAGUAGCGACAGAUGAGGAAGUCAAGAAAGAUGCCAGUGGUUGUGAAACUAGCCAGUCAGCAGGUAGCUCUUGCUCUCACCCAGCUGAAUCUGACCAAUCAGAUACCUCGAGACACAGCCCCGGAAAAGGAUGUGACAGGAAUGCAAAUAUCAGUAUGACUGAAUCCGAUGUUUUGGAUUUCCGGACUUCUGAAAUUGUUCCCGGUGUUCGAAGCAAGGAUGGGUGUGUUCAGUCAACAGCAUCUGCGACGAUGAAGUCACAACCCGGUGAUACUUGUGCCAUUCAAAGCAAUAUUAGUAGUAAGCUAAUGCAAUCAGAAUCUGUAGCAAAGGAAAAUCUCGGUGAUUCGGUUCUUACGCAGGUUAUGGAGGGACAUCUUCAAGAUUCAGAGAGCGAUGUCUCUCUAUCCGAGUCCAUACGUCCAGACAAAGUGCUGGAUUCAAAAGCAACAGAAAUUCAAUCUCAGGAAGACAAGGAAUGCACUGAUAGUGGGACGGCAAACGAGACCCUGACUUCCGGGCUUGGCUGUGAGGGUUCCAGUCAUGUUAAUAAGCCAUUGCCUAGUAGUACAACAACUCUGGUCUCAACUGUUCAUUCAAACAGACAGGCUGCUCUGCCACAAGAAUCGGAUAUUAUCAGUUCUGAAUCCUUCUCGACUCCUACAUCUUCCGUCAACAUUGUUACGUUCUCGUCUGCGCCCGCACCCUCUACAGUUGACCUUGUGACCUUGUCGACAUCUGCUGUUACCCAAGGCGUCAAUUUAGAAGUCCUGACCGAGAGAACAGACGACAGCCCCACCAGCAGUAUCGCACAGUCGCCUCUUGCCGCCGGAUCUCCGUCCGUCGGUGUGGUACAUUCUUAAAAGCUGAUCAUCAUAAUUCAUUUUAGAUUUUGUCUAGGAUUCUUGUGACCUUGUCGACAUCUGCUGUUACCCAAGGCGUCAAUUUAGAAGUCCUGACCGAGAGAGCAGACGACAGCCCCACCAGCAGUAUCGCACAAUCGCCUCUUGCCGCCGGAUCUCCGUCCGUCGGUGUGGUACAUUCUUAAAAGCUGAUCAUCAUAAUUCAUUUUAGAUUUUGUCUAGGAUUAAAAAAAUAAAAGAAUUGGUUCUCAGGCAAUGACAGUAACCAGGGAAAGGGUGACAAGAAUACAAACUCCUAUUGCCGCCAUGACCAUAACACGAGAUGCACAGAAAAGCAGUGCACAUGUAAAGGGAAGUAACUGCGUGCUGUAUUGGAUCACAUUUUUAAAUAUUAAAUAUUUUUUUAUUUCGAAAAAAAACAAAAUGUGCGGCAGACUUUAUGAUGAAGAGGGCGGUGCCUGAGAACCAAGACUAUUAUUUUGUUUAGCCCUAUUUUGUGCAUGUGCAGUCAUCCUCAGAUUUUAGACACUUGUGUAUUGUCGCCUUGCUCUAAUGAUAUUCGGAGCCACAUAAUGUUGCAUUUCGAGUGAGCCAUUGUGUAGGUCUCACGAGGAUAUUCUAACGGUGCUGCACAUAUUUCCGUCUGUAGCAGUUCACCUCUGCUUCUUUCACCACAACCAACUUGCAGACGCACAUUUGCAUCAGCUUCUGAUCUUUAAUUGGAAAUACCAUGAUUCCAAUGUAGAAUGUUUGGUUUAUUUAUUUGAAAUUAUUAUUUAAUUGAAUGUUUCAUUGGUAGAAAAAAUAGACUUCACAAGGUUACAGUUUUUAGCGAUCUUUUUAACUAUCUGGAGGAGCACCUUAAAAUUUUAGAAAACAGAAUUUGAUAAUUAGUCAAAUGAAGUGUAUUAUUAAUACUAUUUUUUUAUCAAUGAUACGGAUGUUAAUAGUAAAUGACCCUGUGGGACUCGAUCUGCCUCGUGGAACUUGUUUUAUCUUGUGACGCUAGACUCAUUCAUGCCCGAGGCAGACCAAUGGUUUCUGGCUUAAAGGAUAAACAAGACUUCUACAAUGUUACACUUUGCAGAAGUAAGGAAAUAAACAGAGGGUAUUUAUUGUUUCUCGUCACAUAGCAUGUUUAUCUCAUCAAGUGGCCUCAAAAGUUGAUGUUUCAGUGAAAACGUAAGCUCUGCAUGUCUCGUGACUAGAACAAGUUUCCGCCCUUUCCGAAAUGAGCUGGAAUUUCGUGGCUCGAUCAUGGCGUCGCGAAUGGCUAUUUAGAGUUCUAUCCCUUCUAUGGACCAAUCAGAUUCCACCUAUCAUAUCACUUGGCGGGGCCCAAUCAAGACGAUCUCAAAUAUAAUCAUGAUCUAUUUUGUAAUAAAAUG